AUGUCUUUAAAUGAGAAAUUUGAAAAUUUAAAAGUAUCUUCUGCUGAUAAAGAUGGAAGAGAACAUAUCAACACACAAAUCCUGGAUAAAUAUUCACAUAGAAUUAAAACAGAUGAACUAUCAUUCAAAAUAAAUAAAACAAAUAAGGACAAAGCUAAUCGUGCUACCGUAGAAAAUGUACUGGAUCCACGUACAAUGAGAUUUCUUAGAGCAUUGGUGAACCGUGGUAUCAUAUCCGAUUUUAAUGGUUGUCUUUCUACGGGCAAAGAAGCUAACGUAUACCACGCUUUUGCUGGUGAUGGUACUCCAAAGGGAUCCAAUAAUAUUAAGAUAGAGGAUAUUAUCGACAAGUUAGAACAACAACCUUCAUUAAAAAAUGAAAAAUUAGAAGAGAAAGAAUAUGCAAUCAAAAUCUUCAAGACUUCAAUUUUAGUGUUUAAAGAUCGUGAAAGAUACGUUGAUGGUGAAUAUCGGUUCAGAAAUUCUAGAUCACAACAUAAUCCAAGAAAAAUGAUCAAGAUAUGGGCAGAAAAGGAAUUCAGGAAUUUGAAAAGAAUCUAUAAUAGUGAUGUGAUUCCAGUUCCACGCCCAAUUGAAGUGAAAAACAAUGUUCUUGUCAUGGAAUUUUUGAACCGUGGUGAUGGAUUUGCAUCUCCAAGACUCAGAGACUACCAAUUUCAAGAUAAAGAUGAGAUAUCUAAUUAUUAUUAUAUCCUAGUCUCCUACAUGAGAUUAUUAUAUCAGGUGUGUGGAUUAGUACACGCAGAUUUAUCUGAAUAUAAUACAUUGGUACAUAACAAUAAACUGUAUGUUAUCGACGUAUCGCAGUCUGUACAACCUGAACAUCCGAUGAGUUUAGAUUUCUUAAGAAUGGAUAUCAAAAAUGUUAAUUCAUAUUUUUAUAAAAUGGGUGUGGAGAUCUUCCCCGAAAGAAUUAUUUUCCAAUUUGUUAUAUCUGAGAAACUAGAUAAAUUUAAUGGCGAUUAUCAUAGUUACAAUGAUUUAAAAGAUUAUGUUAAGGAAAAUUUGCCAAUUAAGAAGACCGAAGAAGAUGAAGCUGAAGAUGAAAUAUUCAGAUCUUUAUAUCUAGUGAGAAAUUUGAAUGGGCUGGAAGAAAGGGAUUUUGAUAGAUUCAGUGAGGGGAAAUUUGAUCUUUUAAAGAGUUUGUUGGCUCAUGAUAAUAAAAAGAAUUUCACUGCUGUAAAACAAAUGCAAAAUGAAGAUUCUGUUUAUGCUGUUAAUGACUCAACCUCAGGUUCUGAUAAUUACGAAUCUGAGGAAGAGGAUAGUGAACUUGAUGAGGAAGGAGAAGAAGAAGAAGACUAUAUUGAUAACGAUGAUGAUGAUGAUGAAAAGGAAAAGCCAUUAAAGGGGAAGAAAUAUGAAGAUAAAGAAUCAAAGAAACAAAGAAAGCAAGAGGCUAAAGAGGCUAAAAGAGAAAAAAGAAAGACAAAAGUUAAGAAGCAUAUCAAGAAAAAAUUGAUUAAGAAAACUAAAUCAAAGAAAUAA